UAUUUUGCUUUUACUUUUUAUCACGAUUUAAGAUAUCUUAAAUCGUGCUUUUUAUUUUACGAAACUUAACCUAAACGAACAGAUUACAAAUCGUUUCAAAAGUGAUAACAACAACGUCCAUAACCGGGCAAAACUACCGAAUCACAAAUCACAAUAUUACCGUCUUAAAUUAGUAGACUCGUAAUUAUUACUAGUUUCGAAUUUUCGAUUGUUUCGUUUUUAAUUUACUUGCCAGUCGCUGAAAACCGUUAAUAUGAAGUAAUAGACUAUAGAGUACAUUCACAACAGUCAUCAAUCCAUUCAAUUCGAGCCUCGAGAUAUUAUGGACCUGCUCAAGAAAUAUUUCAAUAACGAUUCUUUAUUUCCUUUCGUUUCAGAUUAUGUCACAAAUUAUUUUAAUUAUAUCAAUGAAAAACCAGUACCAUCAGUCCUGGCACCUAUAACAAUAACUCUUUUCUGUUACUAUGUCUACAUUUAUGUAAGAAAAUUUUAUCCAAUCUAUGUAAAUUGUUGGUUUUGCAAUGCCAAUUUUAAAGUUGCUUUUGAGGACCGAUUUGAAUUUUCAUGCAUUGAAUGUGGACAGUUUAAUGGUUUUAAAGAGGAUGGAAGCUAUAGCAAAUCAAUUCCUGAGCAACAUGAUCAAAGGUACAACAGGGCAGUUUUUUCUGUGAUCCAAGAAGAUGUUAAGGAAAAUAAAAAUGGUUUGUGUCAUAAAUGUAAUAUUAUUCAAGAAAUGAAAGUGAAACAGUUAGCUUGUUUCGUACCUACAAGAGAAAGAAACUUUGAUAGAGAAAUUGAAAAGUUCAAGGAAAACUUGGAAGCAACAUUAAAGUUAUGUUCCAAAUGCAAUCAAUACACUCAAAAAGUUCUAUCACUGCAAGAACAACGUUACAACUUGAGAUCAACUAAAAUAAAUAAUAAUCAAAAAGGUAUGCAUUAUGUUGGUGUCUGGCCUGAUAUAUGUUCACUGUCUUUAUCAUUUAUUGUAUUUGUACUCUCUUCUGGUGUUGAGAAUUAUUUGGGUGAUUGGGCAGCACAACAUUUAGAUCCAUUGAUAUCCCAAAAUAGUGCUGUAACGCUAACGCGCUCAAUUGGAAUGAUUAGCCUAGGUGGUACAUCAUGCCAAGUUUAUCACUGUUUGAGUACAUUGGACAAAUUGAGCGCCAUAACUAUGUUCUUAUGGUCAUUAUUAUGCGUUAUCAAUAAUUUUGAACAUUUUGAACAUUUAAAACCUAAACUUCUCAUUUCUGCUAUUAUAGUAUUCCUAUCGUCUGUAUCUGUACUCAGAAAAUUGACAAAAAAACAAAAAAUUGAACAAACAAGUAUUAAACUGGAGGAUGAAAAAUGCAGAAUCAAUAAUACAAAUUAUUAUGAUACUAGUGCAAAUGGAUCAAAUAAAGACAGUGAUGAAUCAGAAAUGAUGGACAUUGAUCAUAUUGGGGAGUUACCUAAAAGUCGACAAAAGAAAUUGAAUAAGACUGUCGAUAAUCUGUUCCAAGGAAUGAAACUCAAUGAAAACCGUGGUUUCAAAAAUAAUAUACUUCGACCACCAAAAUUUUUAAUGCCUGGUAAACGUGACAAGUUUGUAGGGUAUGCUGAGUCUUCUCCUGGGUAUUAUUCCUCGUAUUCUGUGAAAGACGAUUAUGAUUUUGAUACGCAGAGCAUUUACUCCCAACACAGUUUUAGACCACAGUAUUCGCCUAUGUGUCACCAGCCUGUUUCACCGUACACAUAUUAUGCUCUGCCACACCACCAAAAUAGUCCUUUAAACUUAUCACAUUCGUCAAACACUUCAAACAUACAGCAUACUUCAGAUUGGCCAAAGAUGUUGAUGUACUCAAUUCCUGGAGUUAUAUUACUUGCUCUGCAAUGUUACUUGUUGCACGACAUUAAAGACUACAUGAAACAAAAGUGAGAUUAGAUUUAAAUUUUUAUCUUAAUAUAAUGAACUGGACAUAUUUUGUAAAUAUUAACUGUAACACUGCUAUUGUUGUUUCUUAAAUAUGUUAACUUAUAAGUGUUCUUAAUGUAUAAAGACUGUUAACAUUUAUCAUUAUUUUGUUAACAUUUUUGUAAGAAAAUUUUUUGUUAGUUUUUUUUUCUACCUCGUAAACUCAUCUGUAUAAACUUUGAUUUAAUUUUUAAUAAAUUCUUCCAGUCAUUAUUUUCAUAGAA